AUGAGGUCGUUGAUGAGUACUGUUCUUACGGUACUUUUAGUUUCAGUGAUCUGGAUGGUUGGUCACUGGGAUGGAACCCUUGGUGCAGGCUGCAGUGCAGCUGAAAGGGAAGCGCUUUUGAAGUUCAAGGCUGAUCUUGAAGACCCUCGUAGCUGGCUAUCAUCUUGGGUUGGCCAAGGGGAUUGUUGUACAUGGUCUCGCGUCGUCUGUGACAAUCACACUGGCCAUGUUACCCAACUCCAUCUAGGGUUGCCGCGACCUUCUUCCUGGCAUAAUUCUGUGCUUAGUGGUAAGCUCAACCCUUCCUUGCUUGAAUUGAAGUAUCUGGGUUAUUUGGAUCUGUCCUACAACGACUUUCAUGGUAUUCCAAUUCCAAGCUUUCUUGGUUUGAUGACUAGUUUAAAUACCCUUUACCUUGAUGGAGCUGGGUUUGGAGGACUGAUUCCUCAUCAGUUGGGGAACCUCUCGAAGCUGCAGCAACUUGGUAUCGAGGCUGCUGCCGACUAUGUGCUGUAUGCUGAUAGUUUGUCAUGGCUUUCUGGUCUCUCUUCACUAGAAUUCCUUGAUUUUAGUAAAGUUGAUCUUAGUAAUGCUUCUGACUGGCUGGACAUGAUAAUCACACUGCCAUCCCUUUCAGAAUUGUAUCUAUCACACUGUCAAAUUCUUCAUAUCCCGCCCCUCGCCAAUGUUAACCUGUCUGCUUCGUUGUCUGCUCUAAGUUUGUAUCACAAUCAAUUUGGUCAGACAUUUGUUCCAAGUUGGGUUUUUCAUCUUAAGAACCUUACUUACUUGAAUCUAGCUUACAACACAUUCGCUGGCCCGAUUCCUGCACAACUUCAAAACCUUACAUCACUAAGGACCCUUGACUUGUCUUUCAAUUAUUUCAAUCAUUCGGUGCCAAACUGGCUUUACGGUUUGCAUCAUCUGGAGAAGCUCGAUCUAUACAGUAAUAAAUUGGAUGGCAGAGUCUCAACUGAGAUUGGAAACUUGUCUUCUCUUAUUUACCUUGAUAUGUCAGUCAAUUAUGGCCUUGAAUUUGAAAGGGGGACUAGAAAGAAUACCCGCUGCUACGCCGCGGGGGCUUAA